AUGCUGUGGACGGCGAGCCAAGUCUUAAGGAAAUUCUCCACCUCGUCCCGUUAUUACCAGAAUAAGCUUAAACUAGCUAUUAUUGGCCAGAGUGUGUUCGGCCAGGAGGUGUACAGCAACCUGAGGAAGCAGGGGCACAAGGUGGUGGGUGUGUUCACGGUCCCCGACAAGGAUGGCAAGGCCGACCCCCUGGCGGUGGCAGCGGAGAAGGACGGGACGCCGGUGUUCAAGUUCCCACGGUGGCGGGUCAAGGGGAAACCCAUCCCGGAGGUGGUGGAUGCCUACAAGGCAUUGGGCGCCGAGCUGAACGUCAUGCCUUUCUGCUCCCAGUUCAUCCCCAUGAACGUCAUUGAUCACCCCCAGCACGGCUCCAUCAUCUACCACCCCUCCAUCCUGCCCCUGCACAGAGGAGCCUCCGCCAUCAACUGGACUCUCAUCCAUGGUGAUAAGAAAGCGGGCUUCACAGUGUUCUGGGCUGAUGAUGGACUGGACACCGGACCAAUCCUGCUGCAGAGGGAGUGUGCUGUUGAGCUGAAUGACACCGUGGACACACUCUACAACCGCUUCCUUUUCCCAGAGGGCAUCAAGGCUAUGGUGGAGUCUGUGCAACUCAUCGCUGAUGGAAAGGCCCCUCGAGUUCCCCAGACAGAGGAAGGAGCUAGCUAUGAAGGGAUUCAGAAGAAAUCAAACGCCAAGGUCAACUUGGCCCAGCCAGCUGAGGCCAUCCACAAUUGGAUCCGCGGCCAUGACAAAGUCCCCGGUGCCUGGACUGUGAUUGAUGGUCAGUCUGUGACCCUGUAUGGCUCGUCCAUGUUGGGUGCGGUGCUACCAGACGGUCAGCCCCUGGAGAUAGAGGGGGCGUCCCAGCCCGGCCUGAUAACCAAGAACGGUCUCGUCCUUUAUGGAACUGAUAAGAAAGCUCUCCUGGUGAAGAACCUGCAGUUUGAAGAUGGGAAGAUGAUCCCUGCUUCCAAAUACUUCUCCUCUGGGGAAAGCUCCAGUGUGGAGCUGACUGAUGAUGAGAGGAAGAUGGCAGAGGAGAUCAGGAAAAUCUGGGCGAGCAUUCUCAGCAACGCAGCUAUUGAGGACGCCACAGACUUCUUCAAGUCUGGAGCCGCCUCUAUGGAUGUGGUCAGGCUGGUGGAGGAGGUGAAGCAGAAGUGUGCCGGUGUCCAGCUGCAGACCGAAGAUGUGUACAUGGCUACCACCUUCCAGGACUUCAUCCAGAUGUUCGUCCGCAAGCUGAGAGGAGAAGACCAGAAAGAGGAGCUGGUCAUCGACUAUGUCACCAAAGAAGUGAACAACAUGACAGUGAAAAUGCCAUACCAGUGUUUUAUCAACGGCAAGUUUGAGGAUGCAGAAAAUGGCAAGACCUACGAUACCAUCAACCCUACUGAUGGAUCAGUGAUCUGCAAAGUGUCCUACUCCUCAGUGGGGGAUGUGGACCGAGCGGUGGCAGCUGCCAAGGAAGCUUAUGAUAAUGGACCCUGGGGCAGAAUGAACCCUAGAGACAGAGGAAGUCUGCUUUACAAGCUUGCAGACCUGAUGGAGGAACACCAGGAGGAGUUGGCCACCAUCGAAUCCAUUGACUCAGGAGCUGUGUACACGCUGGCCCUCAAGACACACGUAGGCAUGUCCAUCCAGACUUUCCGAUACUUUGCCGGUUGGUGUGACAAGAUCCAGGGCAAGACAAUCCCCAUCAACCAAGCAAGGCCUAAUCGCAAUCUGACCUUCACUAGGAGAGAACCUCUGGGUGUGUGUGCCAUAAUCAUCCCAUGGAACUACCCUCUCAUGAUGCUGGCAUGGAAGAGUGCUGCCUGCCUCGCAGCUGGAAACACACUCGUUCUUAAACCCGCACAGGUCACUCCUUUGACGGCACUGAAGUUUGCUGAGCUGGCAGUGAAAGCUGGCAUUCCAAAAGGAGUCGUGAACAUUUUGCCAGGCUCAGGUGGCAUGGUGGGACAGCGUUUUUCUGACCACCCAGAAAUCCGGAAACUGGGCUUCACUGGUUCCACACCUAUUGGCAAACAGAUCAUGAAGAGCUGCGCAGUCAGUAACUUGAAGAAGGUUUCUCUGGAGCUGGGAGGGAAGUCACCUCUUAUCAUCUUUAGUGACUGUGACAUGGACAAGGCUGUUCGCAUGGGCAUGAGCUCUGUGUAUUUCAACAAAGGUGAGAACUGCAUUGCUGCUGGACGUCUGUUUGUGGAGGAGUCCAUUCAUGAUGAGUUCAUCAGCCGAGUGGUGGAAGAGAUCAAGAAGAUGAAGAUUGGAGACCCACUGGAUCGCUCCACAGACCACGGCCCACAGAAUCACAAAGCCCACCUGGACAAGCUGCUGGAGUACUGUGAGAUCGGACUAAAGGAGGGAGCUACGCUGGUGUACGGAGGCAAACAGGUUGACAGGCCAGGUUACUUCAUGGAGCCGACUGUGUUCACUGAUGUGGAGGACCACAUGUUCAUCGCCAAAGAAGAGUCCUUUGGACCCGUCAUGGUGGUGUCCAGAUUUAAAGAUGGUGACGUGGACGGUGUGUUGCAGAGAGCCAACGACACAGAGUACGGCCUGGCCUCGGGCGUGUUCACCCGUGACAUCAACAAGGCCAUGUACGUGAGUGAGCGGCUCGAGGCAGGAACAGUGUUUGUCAACACCUACAAUAAGACAGAUGUGGCGUCACCUUUUGGAGGCUUCAAGCAGUCCGGUUUUGGCAAAGACCUCGGAGAGGAUGCUCUCAUGGAAUACCUCAAGACCAAAGCAGUGACUGUGGAGUACUGAGGCACGCUCUCCUAACGAACUGUGACCCAAGUCUGAAUAGGAAGGGACUCGUCCAUCUGUCAGACAUCCGGUUUCAUUCAGCAUUGUUUCUGGGUAGUGUGUGUGAGUGUGUGUGUAUGAAUGAGAGGAGAACUUUCUUGUUCAUCUCAGCCACAGUUUGGACAACGUGCCUGUUUUUCUUUGCUUUCUGUGCAAAACUUCCCAUCAUGGAUAAUGGACGCGUGUGGUUCCUACCCAUCUGUUUAUCUAGAGAGUUCGACGCCUGAAUGGAGCCGAGCUUGGUCUGACUGUAUUUUUAAGGUUUCAUCUCCUAUUUUCCCAUUUUUAUCAAUGAUGUUAAUCAAUUCUGUUCAAAUUUGAAAAUCAGCAGUAGUCAUGCCUUUCUCAUUCACUUGUAAUGCUGCUUUCACCAUUCCUUUAAUACUUCUUGUUUACUCUUUGGCAGCUUCUGGGCUGUAUCGUACUGGAAAAUAGACAAAGUAUUAGGUUAUGGAUAAAGUAAGGUGUGCAUGUAUGUGAAGGUUGAAGCUUGUGUUCAGAUGCCUUUAGGGUUGAGUUUUGGAGUAGCCAGUGCCCUGCCUGACAGGACUAAACUGAAGAACCUCAUCUUGGUAAAUGUUAGUAAUUUGACAGUAAAGCUUGGUUUAAAUUGAUCAUCGACAUGAUGGGAAAACAGGAUUGAGGUUAAAAAAACAGGUUUCCAUUUAAAGUCUUAAUCCACAUAAAAUCGCUUUGAGAAAAAUUAACUUAACUCAAGGUCCACUUAUCAGUUUUUUUGAAAAGGUUUCAACCCCAUCUCACAGUUUUCAUCAGGAGCUCAUCCUGCGAUGGGGAAAAGCCUGUAAAUUGACCUUAAGUUACAGAGUAGCUCAACACCAGGCUGUUGAACCAGUGUUUAUCUGUCCUUUCUGGUUGAAAGUUUCAAGUCAGAAGUACGUCAAUUAGCCAUAACAUUAUGACCACUGACGGUAAAGUAAAUAACACUGAUUAUUUUGUUAUCAUAGCACCUGGCACCUGGUGGGAUAUAUAAGGCAGCAAGUGAACAUGUUGUCCUCAAAGUUAAUGUGGUAGAAGCAGGAAAAAUGGGCAAGAGUAAGGAUUGGAGAGACUUUGACAAGGGCUACAAGCUCUUGUGCAGUUUUCCUGUCUGCAGUGGACAGUACCUAUCAAAAGUGGUUCAAGUAGCCAAAAGUGGUGAAUGGGCAACAGGGUCAUUGGGCGUCUGGCGCGUGUGGUCCGAUCCAACAGACGAGCUUCUGUAGGUAAAACUACUUAAAAAGUUAAUGUUGGUUGUGAUACAAAGGCGUCAGAACACACAGAGCAUCGCAGGUUGUUGCAUAUGGGUCAGUGCUGUUUUGGCAGCAAAAGGGGGACCUACAAAAUAUUAGGCAGGUGGUCAUAAUGUUAUGGCUGAUCAGUGUAUGUCACCUGUAUGCGCACCCUACAGCAUGUUACAGUGUACUGACACUCAGAAUACACUGCUGGAGGUCAACAACAAAUAUAUUUUUCAGGGGGUUAUUCUCUCAUUUUUUUUACUAUUUCCAAAGUCAAGAAUACAUUUCACACAAAAACAACUGUUGACACUGUUUUAGUCUUAUUGAUUGGUUCAGGUCUUAAUGAGGACUGUUUUCACGACAGCAGAAUGCAAUACAAAGAAACACACUUUUAGAACAAUUUCCUAUAUUGUAGGUAAAUUUAACUUUUCUUUCGAUACACUAUUCAAAUCAUCUUUCAGAGACUUGGUAAUCCGUUUCAGUUUAUAUUGAAUCACUUUAAUAUUUGAUUUUUAUGAUUAGAAUAAUUUUAUAUUGAGGUUUUUGGGUGGUUCUAACAAUCCCAACCAGGAUCACUAACGAACCAGCGGUAUCGAUCAUCCUCGAUCCUAGCUCAUCUUGGAUGAGGGACGGAACGUCUUCUAGUAUCUUCAACCAAGUCCAGUUGCCCUUGACCUCAACCUUCGUUGGAUAACUAUGACCUGGAUGACUGAGAACCUUCACAGACUUUUUGGUACACAGUUGUGAGUUGUAGCUGCUUCAUAACAUCAUCUUCACAAGCAAUGUCGCGAGGAAAUCAUGUUCAAAAGAUAGACCUCUAGCAAUGAUGUUUGUCGUGAAGAGUAGUUCCAGCUCAGUUGCUUCUCACAUAAAAAUGUCUGUGAAGAUACUCGGUCAUCAAGGGCAACUAGAAGAAACUUUCAGUAUCUUUGAGUCCAGUCGCCGUUGAUUUAAAUUUUCCUUGGCUCACACUGAAAUGGUUAUCUCAAAUCUUUGAUGUUGGAGUGUCUUUCAAUGCUGCAGGACUGUUACUGCUGGCAGCUUAGCAUUACAUAUGAUGACAUAACUUUGACACAACAUGGGAAAAUAAAAUAGCCUGACCUUUGGGUUAGAAUGUAAGAUUUCUGACAGCGAUCUGAAAGCUGCAAAUUCUUACUUUCAACAAAAGACAUGUACACUCAAAUGCAUCUACAGUUGUAAGACCUUAUAGUAUGUAACUGUCCCUAUGUCCAGCUAUGGUGAGCCAUUUGUAUUGUAUUUCCAUCGUACAGCUCUCAUUGUUUACAUCAUGUCUUUGCAGCUGUAUGUUCCCACAUAACUUAAGGCAUUCUUCCCUUUGUCAAAGUGGACUUUUUUGUAAAUAUUUUUUAAGAAAAGGUUUGAUAUAUUUGAAUUCAGACAGAGGAGGAUUGUGUUAUAACACUACAAUAUAUUUAGACACACCAGCUAGAUGUUUUUAUGCAUCACUAAUGUGAAGAAUUUGAGAAAUUAGUUUUCUAAGUGUCCCACGCUGUCAGGAAAGACAGAAAGGGCUAUGAAGCAAGUGUUUUAUUGUCUCCUCCUUUGUGAAAAAGGUAAGAGCUGUCCCCUCAAUAAACAGUAGGUCUCCAGCCAGUAAUGUAAUUACAUCGUGAAUAAACUUUGAUUUGAAUAUUA